AUGCCGUCAGCCGGUUUGUGUAAUUCCCAUGAAGAAAUGUCUGACGUUUCAUCUACUAGAGGCAACAAUAACAACACACCCAGUGCUACAAACAAUAAUACCAAUUUUAAUAACAACAGUAAUGGUGCUAGCAGCAUCGGCAGUGCAGGUAGUUUCGAUAAACUGAUGAACGAAGAAGAUUCGAGAUCGAACGAAGGUAGCGGACCACAAACAUCUCCGAGGAUAUCCAAGAAGAACUCCUCUGUAGUAACAAACAACGUCGUGGUGAAAAUCGAAGGACGGAGAAACUCGCCCAAUUCAUGUGAUAGAAAAGUAGGAAUAAGAAAAAUUUCCCCAAGCCCUAGUCAUAGUAAAGACAUUGGUAUCGGCCUGAAUGAGAACAUUUCUACGAAAUCGUCGCCGAAGAGUUCAUCGGGCACGCCGGGAAUACCAAGUGGACCUCUAAGUUUGCCCACUAAUAUGGUAUACCAGCAAAUUCCACGAUCAUCCCCUACUACUGCAACAGCGAUAGCUUCUGCUACUGUAACAAUCCAGAAUAUUCCUAACGCCAUUCCACCGUUCGCCUCCAGAGGUGUAUCUAGUACACACUUUCCUAAUCAGUACAACAUGAACAACAGUCAGCACGACUAUCGGACGGACAACAGAUCUAAGCACUACCAGAUGUCGCAGAUGUACUCAGUAGAUAUGUACAAUCAAGAACACGGCGGAAUGAAUGACGCACAUACGUACCAUCGAGGGCAGAAUCAUACUGGGACUAUGGGACAUGUUAAAUAUAAUAACAGAAGGCAAGCCUACUCUGGAUAUGCUAGCCAACAGCAGUACUAUUAUAAUAAUCAGUCUAAUGUUGAAAAGUAUACUAUGGGACAGAACAACUAUAAUCAAGGCUAUGGUGAACAUUCUGGCUACAAUCAUUACGGUUAUGGCUACAAUAAUGAGGGUAAUGAAGCAGUUCAAAUGCAGAGCUCUGUCCAACUUAACCAUGACCAUACUGCUAACUACUACCCAACAGAAGCCGUUAUUCCGAAGACGCAAAACCCAGCUGAGUACCAAGGCAAAGUAGGAUAUUACGAGAACAAUUACACUUCAAACCACAUGCCACCUGCUACAGGAGGCGGAACUGACCCUGCCUAUGGUAUGGGUACUGAAGUCUUUCCUGGUACUAAUAAUGGUACCGCUGCAAUUAUGACGCCACCUGCAAGUGUUCCGACAGAAAACAAUGAGAAUUAUAACAAUUUUCAUCAGUUUUAUGCAGGGGAAUCCCAAACUCAAGUUCCAGUUCCCGGUGAAAGUAGUAAUAGUUCUUCGGAUUUUAAUUUUUUAAGUAACUUAGCGAACGAUUAUACUCCCGAAUAUUAUCAAAUCUGA